CAGUGUGUUUGUUAUCUAGGGGCCGUGUUGUUUAUGGCGGUGCUGGAGAGGGGGCGCUAAGCUGUUGGGUAUGAAGUGUAAUGGAACAGACUUUACCACAUGAAACUGCUGCUUUAAGUUCAGAUCAGGCAAGGAACAGAGCCCCAACAACCAACACCACCAAAGAAGAGUACACAAGUUGAAGACACAGCAUUUGAUCUGAAACAAGAAGUUUGUACCUACUCAACAGCUUUGAAAGAGCACUCCCCGAGCUGCUAGUAGUCUUUAAUAUGGUUCUUAAUCACUUUAGCUUCCCUUCUAGCCCACCACCCACCAGAUGUAGUGGAAAAGAAAGGCUAUUAGGAUACUGGGGAAGUGACCUGUUUAGAAAUUGUUCUUCGGAGCAAAUCCAAUCCAAGAGUUGUCAGGAAAUGAGCAGUUCAGUUCCCAGGAGUCAGCAGCAGCAGCUCAAUCCACUCACAAACACUUCACAAAUACACCAGCAGUCCAGUUCGGUAGAGUUGGGAUAGCAAACACCAGUCAGCAGCAGUGGCACGACCUAGCAGAAACAGGCAGGCAUGGAGUGUAAGGCUCGAAGUGAGUCUUAACUACCGGGAGACCCCCAAGUGAGACAAGAGAAUGGAAAUCGAUGCAAACACAAGAGGUUUAUUUUUCCAGCACGUUGGGGUGGACCCUCAAUCAGCCCCUCAUGAUGAGUGACUAGAAGGCCACCCCGAAUGGCUAUAACAAGCACUUUUUAUACUUUUUAGGGGUACAUCAGCAAGGUUACAGUUUAAACUUAUGGCUAAGCAUACUGAGCUUUGAAUCUAUUGGCUAGCAAGCAUAUGACAUGCAUUCAAACUCUAUCUGGGACCAGAGGGUCAGGUGACUAUCAGUCAGUACAUUCUGUGGUUUUCCAAGAACGUUCCUUUUCUUCCCGAGAACUGUAGGUGGAGAAUGGAACCUGGUCUAGCCUUGACCCAAGGUGGGAAGCCGGUACUUGGCCUAGUCUUGACCUGAGGCAGUGGGUGUAAAGCUGGCAAAAGCCCCUAGGGUCCUUCAGAAUCACUGGGGAGCACUCAGGACCAACAGGGAUGCCAGGGGCCGUGCCUCCCUCAAUGAAAUGAAGAUCAGUGGAGACGAGAGACCAAGGAUGUGUUGCAAAGUUAGCUAUGCAAGACCCUGUCACUGUCCGUUGAGUUCUAUUUAUACUCUGUUCAAACAUCCUGCGUCUUCCACAGGCCUUUCCUCACAUGUCUUGCCUCAGCACACGAGUCUGAAUCAGCUGACAUCACUCUGCCAAUCGGCCAGAGUCUUUGGAAGCGGCAAGAAGUUGCCAGGACACCACCAGAAGUUCUUUGGUGCCUAUCUGUCUGUGGAGCCUUGACAGAUAGCGCUCAGCUAUGCAACGUAAGGCGACCCAAUACACGCAUGUUGCUAGGGAGGAAUCCUUCAUCACGUGUCCUUUCACGUGCCUGCUUUAGCAAAACAUCCCUUUUCACCUGCGUCUGCUUCAGGAGAACACUCCUUCACGGGUUUGCCCCGGCAAAACACCAUCCUACACAACUGACUUCUCAAAGAAACCGUAAGUUUCCACUCCCCUAGUCCCAGAACAGUAUGCAGCCAGGACAAACUGUAGGUCUGCUGGGGUUCAGGAAUUGCCACACAAAUCAUAUGAACACCGAUCUCAGUUAAUUCAAGAAUAGUUUAUUGAAUGCAUGCUCCCACCUGCCCAAGACUGAUCAAUCUGUACUACAAAAAAAGGACUUGGGGUCUUUCUCUCCGGCCGCCGCAGGGAGAGGAGUCGCCGCCAUGUCCGCGCAUCUGCAAUGGAUGGUCGUUCGGAACUGCUCCAGUUUCUUGAUCAAGAGGAAUAAGCAGACGUACAGCACGGAGCCCAAUAAUCUGAAGGCCGGAAACUCCUUCCGCUACAACGGGCUAAUUCACCGCAAGACCGUCGGAGUGGAGCCUGCGGCUGAUGGCAAAGGGGUCGUGGUGGUUAUGAAACGCAGAUCCGGUCAGCGAAAACCUGCCACUUCCUACGUGAGGACCACCAUCAACAAGAAUGCUCGGGCUACCCUCAGCAGCAUCAGGCACAUGAUCCGAAAGAACAAGUACCGCCCGGAUCUGAGUAUGGCGGCCAUCCGCAGGGCCAGUGCCAUCCUUCGAAGCCAGAAGCCUGUGGUGGUGAAGAGGAAACGGACCCGCCCCACCAAGAGCUCCUGAGCCCCACACCCCAGAAGCAAUAAAGAGUCCACUGAUUUGUUCGACCACCUCAAAAAAAAAAAAAAAAAAAAAAAAAAAAAAAAAAAAAAAGGACUUG